AGACAGUAAUCAACUGAAGUUCAAGACGCAGCUCAUCUAAGCUAAAUCACAUACUCAAAAUGUUCAAAUACGYCGUUGUUCUCUUCGCCCUCAUCGCCUGCGUCGCCGCCAAACCCGGUCUUCUUGCUGCCGCUCCUUUGGCCUACGCUGCKCCWGCYGCCGUCGUUGCUGCUCCAGCYCCAGUGGUGACYGCCASCAGCAGCCAAGUGAUCGCUCGCAACUACAAUGGCAUCGCCGCUGCWCCAAUUGUUGCCGCCGCUCCCGUAGCCGCCCCUGUGGUUGCCCGUUAUGCCGCUGCUGCCCCUCUGUCCGCACCAUUGGUUGCGUCACACUACGCCGCCGCUCCUUUGGCUGCUCCACUCGCCGCCCGUUAUGCUGCUGCUCCACUAGCUGCACCGCUUUUGUGGUAAGAACCGAGUAGUGAUCGUCAGAAAAGACUGAUGUGCUUAUCGUUGUAAAAUAAAUGCAUAAUGAGAGGA